AUGCUUAGAUAAGUAAGUGGCAGUGCCAUAACAGUAGAUCCCAUUAAAAAAAGUAAAUCCACUUGUUCUACACCCAAUAAAGAAUUCCUUAUUGAUCAAAUCAUACACAAAUAUAUUGGUAUGGAUAGAACUACUGAUACAUUUACUUCUUCCAUUACUACAAUGUUCCAUAAUACCUUCCCAGAAGAAAAACAACUCUUAGUUUCUCCAUACAAGAAAUUAACUGAAAGGGAUUGUGAAAAAUAUUUGACUACCUUUCAAAGAAUCUCUGAUCGAAAAUCUGACAUUUAAGAAAGUCCCCAUUAAGAUGAAGAAUUUCAUCAUCUUAAAACAUCAAGUGAUUUUGGUUCAUCUCAUAAUUCAUUGCAUGAACUUGCAUAAAAUUUAGAAUAAGUUUUUGAUUCACCUGAAGGUACAAAUAAUGGACAUACAGAUAAAAGUCCUGAAUUUUAUAAUCCUGAAACCAAACUUAAAUCUCUUCCUAAAGAACUUCCUAUUAUUGAAGAAAAUGAAGAAAUCAUCAAUACUCAUCAGAGAUUAAAUGGGCUCAUCACUUAAAUAGAUUAAAAAAUUGGUCUCCAUCAAGUAAAUUAACAAGUUAUAGACAAAAUAAAAGAAAAAUAUUUACCUAAAUAGGAUGAACUAUUGGAAUUCCAAGAUUUUCCAGAAUUUAAUCCUUCUGAUUGGCCCAAAGAUGAUGAUUUAGAUAAUCUAAAAAUUGAAUAACCUAAAACUUAAUCUCCUAAAUAAAUUAUUGUUAAAGAUUUCAGAGUUUAAGCAAUUAGAAAUAUAACAUUCAAUUCUAAUGAAUUCAAUGAUUUUAUUUAAGAAUAAUUUCAAACUGAAGAAUAAGUGAAAAAAGAUUGUAUUCUUGAAUAACCAAUACGAAAGGAUGAUUAAAAUGUAUAGUAAUAAGGAAAUACAUAAAAUAAGGAGACCUAAAUUACAAAAUUCAAAUUAACUGAACUUAAUGUAACUCAAAUCCGAUUCACAAUAAAAACUAUAGUAAUUUUAUUGAUAUUGAUACUGUUAUCACAAUUAUUUACUUUAAUAUUAUGA